UUCCUCCUCUGUCCGAGGCUCAGCGUUUCAGCCGGCGGCUCAUUUCCGGUGGGGGUGCCGCGCCCAGUGAGGGCCCGGAAGUGGGUCGCGCGAAGACCGCUGGGCGGUUCUUGCCGGAAGUGGAGAGCGGCUGAUCGCUGUCCGGAGGUGAAGCAGAACUCUUUAAGGUGGAACAGUAUGGCUGACAUGCAAACUCUUGUAGAAAGAUUGGAGAGGGCAGUGGGCCGCCUGGAGGCAGUAUCCCACACCUCCGACAUGCACUGUGGGUAUGGAGACAGUUCUUCGAAAGGAGCAGUUCCAUAUGUGCAGGCAUUUGACUCACUGCUUGCCAAUCCUGUGGCAGAGUACUUGAAGAUGAGUCAAGAGAUUGGAGGCGACGUGCAGAAACAUGCGGAGAUGGUCCACACAGGUCUGAAGUUAGAGCGAGCUCUACUGGUUACAGCAUCUCAGUGUCAGCAACCAGCCGGCAAUAAGCUUUCUGAUUUGUUGGCACCUAUCUCAGAGCAGAUCCAAGAAGUGAUAACCUUUCGGGAGAAGAAUAGAGGCAGCAAGUUGUUCAAUCAUCUGUCAGCUGUCAGUGAAAGUGUUCAGGCCCUAGGCUGGGUGGCUUUGACUGGCAAACCUGGCCCCUUUGUAAAAGAAAUGACUGAUGCUGCCAUGUUUUAUACAAACCGAGUCCUCAAGGAGUAUAGAGAUGUGGAUAAGAAGCACGUGGACUGGGUCAAAGCUUACUUAAGUAUAUGGACUGAGCUGCAGGCUUACAUCAAGGAGUUCCACACUACUGGCCUGGCCUGGAGCAAAACGGGGCCUGUGGCAAAAGAACUGAGUGGAUUGCCAUCUGGACCCUCGGUUGGAUCAGGCCCACCUCCUCCACCACCAGGCCCUCCUCCUCCCCCAGUCCCCAGCAGUUCAGGAGCCGAUGAUUCUGCUUCCCGCUCAGCACUGUUUGCGCAGAUUAAUCAGGGGGAGAGGAUCACACAUGCCCUGAAACAUGUAUCUGAUGAUAUGAAGACUCACAAGAACCCUGCCCUGAAGGCUCAGAGUGGUCCAGUGCGCAGUGGCCCCAAGCCGUUCUCUGCACCUAAACCCCAAACUAACCCAUCCUCUAAACCAGCUACAAAGAAGGAGCCAGCUGUGUUAGAACUGGAAGGCAAGAAGUGGAGAGUGGAAAACCAAGAGAAUGUUUCCAACUUGGUGAUUGAAGACACUGAAUUGAAACAGGUGGCUUACAUAUACAAGUGUGUUAACACGACAUUGCAAAUCAAGGGCAAAGUUAACUCCAUUAUAGUAGAUAACUGUAAGAAACUGGGUCUGGUGUUUGAUGACGUGGUGGGCAUUGUGGAGAUAAUCAAUAGCAGGGAUGUCAAAGUUCAGGUAAUGGGUAAAGUGCCAACCAUUUCCAUUAACAAAACAGAUGGCUGCCAUGCUUAUCUGAGCAAGAAUUCCCUGGACUGUGAGAUAGUCAGUGCCAAAUCUUCUGAGAUGAAUGUCCUUAUUCCUACAGAAAGUGGUGACUUUAAUGAGUUCCCAGUUCCUGAGCAGUUCAAGACCCUGUGGAAUGGGCAGAAGUUGGUCACCACAGUGACAGAGAUCGCUGGAUAAGCAAAGGGCCAGCGGCUUCUGUGCCCUCUCCCUGCCCCACAGGAAGAGUCCAGACGGUUCUUUUCUAGGUUUCCUCUAUUUUUCUGCUCUUCAGCCGCUUCUCCGCUCCGAGAAGCACAGCUGCCUGCCUGCACGGAGCACAGCUCAGGCCGAGAUGUGGGAGGGGCAGCUGGUCGCUGGUCUCGGGCAGACGGGGCUGCUCCGCAGGUCCGCUCUGAAGCUGCAGGCCCGGCCUGGGGCAUUGUGCUUUCAUCUUUUGGGGUCAUUCCAACAACAAACAGUCCUUUGGGAAAACAAAACAGUUCUGGUAACGAACAGAUCAGAAAAUGUGCACACUCAUCUUACCCCGACAGUGAGCAUGGAGGUGGAGCAGGAGCUGGGGAGAUUCCAGUGGUUCAUCUAACCAACCUAACCUUUCGCUGCUGACAAGCAAGGCCAGGGUUGCACUGGACCAAAGGCGGCAGCUUGGCCAUCCAGCAUUCCAAGCAGACUUGUUUCCUAAAGCAUUCCUCUUUCAGCCUUCCAGCCUGGGCCGCCUCAACUGUGAGGUAGAUUCUCCACUCCCAGCUGCAGUUAGCAGUACCCUGGGUCUCGAACCCUUGUUCUCUGGGAUGUUUGCCUGACACCUACCUAUGGAGAUGACUUACAAAAAAAAAAGCAAAACACCAUUCCAAGAAAUCUGGCAUUCCUCCUCCUCCCAGCUAGAUGUCUGUCACCUGUCUCCACUACCACCUCUUGCCUGUCAUGCUCAGCAGGCACCUGAGCAGAGGACUCAAACCUCCACUGCAGGCUGCUUUAGGUCUUGGUUCAUGUAAGAAUCUUGCACAGCAUUGCUAGUAUAAAUUUCAGUCUCCCCUCUAGGGCACACUGACCAAAUAUGCAACUUUUUUUGGUGGGAAGAGAAAUUGUCCUGUGACUUCUACCCAUUUCCUGAGGCCUGUGGAAAUAAACCUUUAUGUACUUAAAGUUAUACAGAAAAUAGAAUAAAGUUAAUACCAAACUUG